AUGGCCUUGACGCUGCAGGACCCCGCGACCCAGCUUGCUGCCAGUCCCGUUGCCCAGAGUCUCAUCCAAGAGCUGUUCCAGUCUGCAGCCGACGCACAACAUGCGCCAAACGUCGCCCAAACACCCAAGGAGAUUCAAGAGGCUUUCGAAGUUGGCGUAGCAGCCCUCAAUAUCUUCCUCCAGAUCAAUGUCACAGGCCCUGUACCCUCACGCCAGCCAAUAGCAGACAUCGAGGCGCUGUUUCUCAAGGCCUGGGCAUCAACGUCGCAUGUGACGACUUCUUCCGACUCGGCAGUUACUCCCAUAACCAAGAUGAGAAGAGACUGUGUCAGACAGCUGGAAAUUGACGGAGUCUCGCCAUACUCGCAUAUCCCCUCGCUAGAGCUCUUUUGCCUCGCCAGACGCAUCCUCACCAAGACCCUCGCGACAUCAGCCCAUGAUGUCGUGCAGCUUCCUGGGCCCGAGCCUCAAAAGCACAGCAUAUCUUGGACAAGACUACGAGUCCAUGUAUGGCAUUAUAAGCUCAUUGCACAACCCAGCCUUGGCGGCUCUACUUUCACCAAGAGCUCCAACUGGAUCGAGCUUCCUUCGCUAGCAACCCAAAUUACGGAUUCCAUGGACGCUGUUCGUAGAUUUGUCUUGAAUGAUGAUGUUUGGGCAGAUCAAGACACGUGGAGCACACAGGAAAAAGUCCAAUUUCUACUCGAGGCGGCCAACAACAACAUCUUGCUUGGCCGGGCGGACAAGGCAAAGGAGCUCGUCCAAGAGGCCAGCAAAACAAGCAACUUCUUGUACGCCUUAUCGGGCGCUCUCGGCAAGCGAACAAAGUUCCAGGAAAAGAGUAUAAGUCAACUAGUCGUCUUGGCCCUCAGCCAGGCGCAGGAAACAGCUACUGAAGCUGGCGAAGAUGAGGAAGACGAUUUUAAGCCACAAGCUCUGCAACUAAACGACGACACUCUCCUUGAGGAGAUUCAGUUUAGCAAGGAACGUAAUGGUAGAGACGAAAAGUCCACUGAGCUGCCCGAAAAACUGGCAAACUUGGUGCCCGAUGAGCAACCGCAACUCAGUCCUCUCGACCAGAUUACCCUUCUUACCGAAGCGACCAUCAAAGACACCUUCUCGCCGGCAGACACGCUUACCGCUGAAGAGAUUCUGCCAUUCGCGACCCGGGUGCUUGCCGACAAGUCAACAAACUGGCAAACAUAUACACAAGCCCUUCUUGUGCGCUCUCGCAUUGAAGUUCACCGAAGCCGCACCUUGGAGCGCGGCGUCCUUCAAAUGCAGGCUGUGGCCGACCAAGUUCUUACCGAUACUACGUUUUCGAAUGAAGGCAGCGUGGAGCCUGGGAAGCAAGAAGAGAAGGACUCGACGAGUGCGCCAGAGGUCCCCUCCAUACAAGUCUCGGCACCAGGGCACCAUACGGGCGAUGAGGCAGCGUCUGCUACUGGAGCACCAACGUCGUUCUUCCCUGCCCCCAAAGCGUCCGAAUCUGCACCCGCUGACGUGCGCCUUCGAUAUAUUCACGCCCUCUCAACCCCGCCUCGCUGGCAUUUGGAGGCCGAGUUGGCGUACGCUUGGGCCGGUGCCGGUUCCAUUGUCUCCGCGCUCGAAAUCUUCAAGCGUCUCCGUCUCUGGGCUGAGGUUGCUCUUUGCCUCGCGGCCGCUGAUGCCAUGGAUGAUGAAGAUGGCCGCGGCAGUGGAGGAGAGGCCAAAGCCAAAGGCAUAGUGCGCUGGCAACUGUUCAACAAGACAGGUGCCGACGCCACGUCUAGCUCCGACCCAGAUGACGAGGUUGCCGUUCAAGAAGUCGCCUCCCUCAAGGCUGAUGACUUUGCGGGCCCGGAGCGCUCUUUGGCGCCGUCAAACGCGCCACGCCUGUGGUGCAUCCUUGGCGACCUGGAAGGCAACGCCGCCUUCUACGAGCGCGCCUGGGAGGUGUCCGGCCACCGCUACGCGCGCGCGCAGCGAUCCCUCGCCGAGCACUACCUCCGGGAGAAGGAUCUCAAGCGCGCUCACACAGCGUACAAGAAGGCCACGACUGUGAACCGACUCGAUCCGGAUAUGUGGAGCCGCCUCGGAGACAUCAGCCUGCGCUUAGGGCGCUUUGAGGACGCUGCCGUGGCCUUUAACCGGGCCAUCGGCAGCGCCACCGGCGACCUCGGUGGCGAGGACGCCAAGACCUGGAGCAACCUGGGCACGGCGCUCUGGAGCCUCUACAGCGAGGUCAUCGCUGCCCAGAAGGAAGGGAAGUCAGAGGCCGCAGCCGUGACUGAGGUGCAAGCCAAGCCCGAGGAUGACGAAGACGAAACUGUUGCCGUCGCCGCCGCCGCCGCCGCCGCCAACAAGACGGCACAAGACACCGAGCUGUCCAAGGACCCACAGAGGCUCCUCGCCCAGGCGCUGCACGCGUACAAGAUGGGCGCCACCGCGGCGCACGACAACUGGCGCAUCUGGGAAAACGUCGUCACUCUGGCGUGCCGCAUGCGCCCGCCCGCCGUCGCCGACAUCCUCGCCGCCACGCGCCAGAUCCUGCGCAUCCGCCCGACCGAGGACGCCGUCAACGCGACCGUCCUCGGCGCGCUGCUGCAAGAGGAAGUCCUCUCCAAGCCCAAGGACGCCGCCGCCGAGGGCGUCUACGAGCCCGCGCGCGGCACUACCGAGCGCCUCGUCACCCGCGUCAUCGAGGAGGACAUCGUCCCGCUCAUCACCCGCCGUGCCGAGCUCUGGUCGCUGGUCGGCAAGCUGCGCGCCUGGCGGCGUGACUACGCGGGCGCCAUCGACGCCGCGGAGAAGGCCUGGCGCGCCGCCGUCGGCUCCUCCGGCAGCGGCCUGCUCCCCGGAAGCAGCGACGCCGCCGCCUCCUCGACGGACUGGACGGAGGACGAGGCCGCUUGGCUGGACGUGGUCGCGCGGACCGACGAGCUCGUGGUCGCGCUCGAGACCUGGGGUGACGGCGUCGAGGAGGUGGGCGCCAGGUGGCGCGGCAAGGCGCGCAGCGCCGUGCGUAGCGUCAUGGGCCGCGGCAAGACCGCCUGGGAGGGCUCCGAGGGUUGGACCCUGCUGGAGGCACUCAUGGAGGGGCUCAAGGUGAACAAGUGA